GUUCACCUUGCGGAUGCGUUUUUCCUGACUCUUACCACCAAAACCCUCCUGCACUCAGAAACAGGAAAUAAAAGGAGAGAGAAUGGACUCAUCCACAUUAUCCGUAUCACAGUGCACAGGCAGGAGAUGCGUCUCUUCUCAGGCAUUCUCGUGGACGGUGGCUGUCAGUGCCAUUCUACUUCUCAGUGCCUGCUUCAUCACCAGAUGUGUGGUGACCUAUCGUGUCUUCCAAACCUGUGGUGGGACAAGGUCCCAGCCAGAUGACGGUGUCACAGGGCUCUCCUGCUACAGCGAUGGAUUAGGCUCAGUGAAGAAUUGCUGUCCCUUGAACUGGAAAUACUUUCAGUCCAGCUGCUACUUCUUUUCUACUGACACUCUGCCGUGGACAGCAAGUUUAAAAAGCUGUGCAAACGUGGGAGCCCAUCUGGUGAUUAUCAACACACUGGAGGAGCAGGAAUUCCUUUUCCACACAAAACCCCCAAAGAAAGAGUUUUAUAUCGGACUGACAGACCAGGUGGCGGAGGGUCAGUGGAAGUGGGUAGAUGACACGCCUCUCGUCAAGUCUCUGAGCUUCUGGGAUGUAGGGGAGCCCAACAACAUAGUCACACUGGAGGACUGUGCCGCCAUAAGGGACUCUACGAAUCCCAGGAAAAACUGGAAUGAUGUAUCCUGUUUCUUCAAUAUGUUUCGGAUUUGUGAAAUGCCGGAGAUAAACAAUUUGAGCAAAGUAAAUCUCUGAGAACAGAA